AGCCAAGCCAUGCGGAUAGUGCGGACGGUGGGCCAGGCAUUUGAGGUCUGUCAUAAACUUAGCCUGCAACACACCCAGCAAAACGCAGAUGGCCAGGAAGAUGGUGACGCUGACAAGACAUGCACAGAUUCUGGACUAGCAGGGCGGGAGCUCACAGGGGCCGAAAAGCCGGCUGCAGAUGAGACAGACAUUGAUGCAGAGGAGCUUCCCCUCCCCGACAGCACAAUGGACGAGUUCAACCGCGGAGUCACUGACCUGGAUGCAGCCAAGAAAGAGGAAGAUGUCACCAAGGACAAAAAGCCCUCAGAAGAGCCCAGCAUCCUGCUGGCUUCCCCGAAGUUGCUGCUUCCUUCAGGCAGUCAGCUGCCGGCCAGCACUCCUCUGUCUGUGCACCACCAGCUCCAGCUGCUCCAGCAGCAGCUCACCCAGCAGCAGCAGCAGACACAGGUGGCCGUGGCCCAGGUUCAUCUGCUGAAGGAUCAGCUCUCUGCAGAAGCUGCAGCGAGGAUUGAGGCCCAGGCUCGAGUUCACCAGCUGCUGCUGCAGAAUAAGGACCUACUGCAGCAUAUUUCUCUCCUGGUCAAACAGAUUCAGGAUCUGGAGCUCAAGCUGGCUGGGAAUGGCUCUAUGGGAUCCCAAGACAGUCUCCUGGAAAUCACCUUCCGUGCGAACGUUCCCCCCAUCCUAUGCGACCCCACCACCCCAAGCCCAGAGGACGCCAUCCUUCCUCCACUCAACGAUGGGACACAGCUAUCCCUGCCGCUGGGCAGUCCAAUAGUGGACCAAAGCAUGUUUGAGAACUGCAACGCUGCGGAGCAGCCGAAGCUGAGCUUUCGUCUGGCCAGCAGCAGCACCUCCACAGACACAUCUGCAGGAUCAAAGACAGGAGGCAGCCAGCACCUAAAAAACGCCCUGAACUUGGGCAAAGCCAUGGGAGCCAAGGUAAACGACCUGCUCCGCCGAAAAGAUCCCAGCAGCCUCGGAGACAUCGGGGUCACAGAGGUGAAUAAGAACGUGGAGCCAGUGUGGUCCAGCCUGGCUGAGAUGGGCCACAGUACAGCAAGAAACAGUCAUAUCUCCCUGGAUUCCUUCCCUCGGCUAGAUCCCCCACCUCCCACCGGCAAAAAGCGUCUCCCACGAGCCCUGAAGACCACCCAGGACAUGAUGAUAUCCUCUGACCCCGUGGUAGCCUCCCCAGAAUCCUCCUUCGUCUCCUCACCUGAUAAGAUCCCCAAAGAUAAAGCUGAGCUUCAGCCUGAAUCAAGGCCUGAAGAGUCCAGCCUUGAGAAACCUUCAGAACCCGGCAACCGUGUCGAGAGCCAGAUGGAGAAGGCGACGGGUUUAGAACUGAAAAACGAGCCCACAGCUGUGGUGACGGAUCAGAAAGAUUCGGAGGGGGUUGAUCAGUCACAGCUGCUGCUCUCGGUUCCAGAUCUCAUUCACAAAGACAAUCUGGACCCAAAGAAACUGGCCAGCUCAGAAACUAGAAUGGCUUCCACCCCGUGUCCAGGGAAAGGGGGCUGCCGCAUCAGCGUCACUGAGGGGGAAUUGUUGGGGAAUGGCACAGCGGAUUACCGGACCCUCAGCUUGGAGAACGAAGAAUCCCACCCUGACCUGCUUUCAUUUGAAUAACAGGCUCGAGACCCUUAAGAUCAUUUAUUCUUUCAUUUAAACUGCUUUCAUUCUACAUUUCAUAGUUUGCCUUUAAGUACCACUGACUGUACUUAGUUAUUUCGUAGAUAUAAUUAUUCAAAAAUUCGCUAUUGUUUUCUGUUUAAUCGUAGCACCAUAAUCAAUUUAAAAGAUUGUAUUUUAAAGUAUUUGUGGACCUGUAUUCAAAAAACCAUGAUGAAUCAAUUAACAAAAAACCAAAGUGUAUACUACACUGCAACAAAGAGUUUUGAAUUAGUAUUUCUUGGCUUUUUUCCAGUCAAAUAUUCCAGUAGAACUUCCAGAUAAAUGUACUUGAAGCAACACUACUGCAUAAGAUAUUAAGACUUGUUCUCAUAUCAUAAAUAUUAGUGAAUUUUGUAUUUCUUACUGCAUUGGAAGAUUGUUUCGCUUGUUUUAACUAGAUAAAAGACUAAUAAUGAUACAAAAGAUUUCAAAUUCAUAAAAAUGCUGUUCUUAUGAACUUCAAAUCCACGAAUCCUGAAACAAAUGUAUUCAGAAUCAGCAUAUUAGAAUGAUUUCUGAAGGAUCAUGAAAAAUCAGCUUUGCCAUCCUAGGAAUAAAUUACAGAUUGAAAUAUAUUAAAAUAGAAAAGAGUUAUUUCAAAUUGUAACGACAUUUCACAAUAUUGCAGUUUUUUACUGUAUUAGAUCAAGUAAAUGCAACAUCGGUGAGCAUAAGAGGCUUCUUUAAAAGAAAAUGUAAGAACAUCUUACAGACCCCAAAUUUAUAUUAUUGAAAACAAUUCUUUAUGUAGUUUUAAAUUGUAUAUGUACUGUACAUGUAUUUUGUUUGAAGGAGUUUUAGACUAUUUUACUGGAAAAUUAGACAAAAAUACUCGUCAAGAACAGAAGUUUUGCAGCGUUACUGUUAUACCUCCAAUGCUGUCUUUGCAGUUUCUUAAGUGGGCAGCAUUGCAUGUCUUAUGUAUGUUUUUUUGUUGUUGUUGUUGGUUUCAUAUCAAUUUUUCAUCAGUGGCUAGCUGACCACAUUUCUGAGCUUGUGCUCAGUGUAAUAUUUAGUGGCAGUAUGAGCAGACGCACAUGAAUAUAAAGCCUUAUGCACCUAACGGCAGCAGUAUGUGCUGCUUCCAUGCUGUUUUUGACACCAUGUGACCUCUAGAUCAACUCUCCCAGUCUCAUGGAGAAAGUCUAGGAUCCUACCUUUUUAGCAGUGUCAUAGUAAUAAUAGCCAAGGUGAUGAUGGCUCGAAGAAUGUCAGUAAUGAGGCUCAGUCAACAUGAAGGUAUGCAGAAGGGUUCUGAAAUUCCCUGGAAUGCUAUAAUUCAACACUAAUCUCGAUUCUCGUCCUCUUGUUUGUGUAGACAGCCUGACUCCCAUGACAUUCUCUCAGGUCUGUUCUUUAUCCCACACAGUGGCUCCUCUGGAGAGAUUUUGGACUAUUCCGAUGCUAACAAUGCAGCUAUUUACGCUCCUGAGAUGGUCAGAGAUAUACUGUAAUUCUGCAUAUGUAAAGUUGUACUGACAUGUUGAUGGUCAAGUCAAAGCUGGGAUGAAAUUGCUGAUAUGCAUUAAUGAAAGAUGGCUUAAAGGUUUUGAGUUGUCUAGAUGUAUUGGCAAUGUAGCAUUAAUUAAUAUAUGUGAGCUUUCGUACCAAGGUUUGGUUACACUACCUUUGUGAUACCAAUUGUGCAAUGAUGCAUAAUAAUUCAUAAUAGUGUAAACACUACAAUGAGAGCAGAGAGUAAAGCAAAUUCAUGCAGAUACGUUUGCAGUUGAUGAAUUAAUAUGGACCACUGAUACUGUUACUGGGCCGUCAGAUAUGAAGUGUUUUAUGAAAUGCCUGUGUACAUGGGCUGGUGAGACUACAGCUGAAUGAAUGAAUGAAUGAAUGAAAGAAAAGCAUAUUUAUCUUAUUGUUUUAGACACUGUUUAGAGUUCAGAAGAUUCUUGGAGGGGACUUAAAGGAAUAGUAGACCUAAAAAUGAAAAUCGGAUGAAAUUCCACUCACCCUCAGGCCAUUCAAGAUUUAAAGGAGUUUCAUCAGAACAGUCCAAAGAGCUGAUUAAAAACAAGAAAAUAUUUGUUCAGAAGUGCUUUAUUAAACCGUGCUUGAUCUGUGCAUAUUUCUCCUCUGAGUCAGACCGGUUGACUUUUUUUAAUGGAGCAAGCAAUAAUAUAUGGAUAGAGGACUCUGUCAGGUGGGAUCCUCUAUUAGAGUAUUUUAGCCAAAAGAAACCGUUUGAAGUUAGUUUUUGAACUAUAGUUGUGUGGAUUAUUAAUGUUUUUAUCAGCUGUUUGGACUCUUCUUCAGACGGCACCCAUUCACUGCAGAGCAAAUGAUGUAAUGCUGAAUUUCUUUCAAUCUGUUUCAAUAUAGAAACAUACUCCUCUUCAUCUUAGAUGACCUGGGGGUGAGUACUUUUUCAGCACAUUUUCAUUUUUGGGUGAACGAUUCCGUUAACAUGACUGGAAUGUUAUUAUUAUUUUAUUUCUGUGAUUCAUGUAUAUUAAUUUCGAUCAAAGUGGUCCCAUCAUUGUCACAGUUAGUUUGAAUGAAGAAAAAAGAAUGUUGAAGGAGAAACGCAUGUAUAUGAAGGUUUUAUGAGUGCACUGAAAUGUAUUUUGAGAAGCUAGGUAUAUUAAAGUGAUUUCCCAUUAAGCUAAAUGUCUAUUAAUGAUGAAGUUUGGGUCUGGGUGCCUUUAUUUUCAGUAAAUGGAUUUUAUGCAACUUCGUUUCAUUCAAGGCAGUUUAUAAAGCAGAAUUUACAGGUUCUGCGCCAGUGGAAUUAAACAGGCUGCUUUAUGACAUAACAACAGUAAAGUAGGUCUUGCUGAGUUAUACAUGAGAUUGAACCUGCAGGUUUUGGUUUACCAGAACUGAUUCCUAACCAUGAGGUUACCAUCACCCCAAAGAUUCAUGCAUGGACACUUCAUAGCAUUUUCUGAUCACCACAAUAUCAUGUGAUUUUAAAGCUGCUCUAUUCGUUGUACUACUUUUUAUUAGCUGCAAAGUUAACAGUUAUGACCUACCUUUUGAUUUUUUGGAUCUGAUUAGUCUACUACUUUACAAGCAAUGCACCUUUUUAUUUUCAAACACCUAAAUGUUUCGUUUCAUUCAUGAAUCCAAAAGCCUCAAAAUAUGAUAUAUUGAGAAUUAAGUUAAGACCGUAUUCUGGUGCUCUACACAGUUUUAUCUUCAAUUCAGCCUUUGCUGAACUCAGUAAAUGAGUUAGAAGUAAAUUCUGAAAAGUGAAUUGGGGCAGUGGGUGUGAUCUUCAUCCUCUAUCACAUUUCAGUGUUUAUUGUAGUCAUAUCCUUUUUUACAGUUUCCUAAAAUAUAACUUUGUGUCCUAUUUAUCACUGCCAGCCAGACAUUUUGUUUAGACUACUUUAAGCACAAGGGUAGCUUUUAAUCCGAAGAAAAGAUUUUGUCAUAUGGGUAGAAUAAUGGAUGACAAUGGAAUACUGAAAUGAGUUUUGGAGUUAAAUUCUGUCAGUCAGUAUAAUAUAUGGGGUGUGGAAUUGAACUCAUGAUCAUUGUUACAUCAGCCCACUUUGCUCGGAACAUUUCUCACCUGUUCCUGUGCAAUUCAAUCUGUUUUUCAUUGCAAUUGUGACUGGUGUUUUACAUCCAAAUGUACUUGUGAUUCAGUACAUUAUUGAAAUAAAUUUUGAUAAAGGCAAAAGCCA